AUGUUCAAACCUUCUUCUGUUCUUCGUUUGUUCAGCUCUGCUCCAACCUGUGCAAUCUCUUUUUACAAAAGAAAACUGGCUGAGAUGCUUAUUCCCUUCAGCUCGGAGAAAGGAAAAGAAUUGUUUCGGUCAAGUCUCAAGCAACAAUACAUGGAGAAUUAUUUUGCAUUAGCUGAACAAUUUCAUACGCAACAGGAGCCGGCAUUUUGUGGUCUCGGAAGUUUGAGUAUGGUGCUAAAUUCGCUCCAAUGUGACCCUAAUCAGGUUUGGAAAGGAGUAUGGCGUUUUUAUGAUGAGAAUUUGCUGAUGAACUGUUGUGUAUCAAAGGAUCAAGUGUUAUCGAAAGGAUUGCAGAUGGAGCAAUUUUGGUGUUUGGCUGUUUGUUCUGGACUGGAUAUCCAGUUAUUCAGAAAUAGCACAAUUGAACAGUUUAGACAGCAUAUUGUUGACUCUUGCAAACAUCAGAAAUUUCAUUUGGUAGUCAAUUUUUCUCGUAAAGCACUGGAUCAAACAGGAGACGGACAUUUUAGUCCAAUCGGAGGCUACAAUCCUGAUGAAGACAUGGUCUUGUUGUUAGACGUGGCGCGCUUCAAAUAUCCCUCAUAUUGGGUUUCAGUAGAGAAACUCUAUGAGGCAAUGAUACAAAUCGAUAAGGAAACAAAUAUGAAAAGAGGUUAUUUCACAAUGAAACCAUCAGAAAAUGCAAGCUCAAUGUUUUAUAGAUUGUUCAAAUCGAACGCAUCAAUGAGUUGGAGGCGUUUUUGUUUGUUCUUGAUCAAUGAUUACCUUCCAUCAAGAAGAGAAAAAUUAUUGUUAGCCAACACGCUUGGGGAUUAUUUGAAUGAGGUGGUGAGAGUGGAACCCCAUGACGAAAUGGCCAUUACUUCUCAAUCUAAAACUCAAACUUGCAUAUAUAGCACACCAAGCAUAACAUACGACCCCACAAAUCUUCAGCCUUCUCCAGUAGUUGUUAGAGAUAUUUUGUUUUCGUUUUGUGAUACUUUGUCCAACGAACUGGCCACGUGUACUCAACACAAAUAUGUUUUCUUUGACCUAAUGAAUGACAUUAGAAAUCUGGACUUACACAAAUAUCUGAAGAAUCAUUUGGAUAUUAACUCAUCUACUGUGCCCUUUUUCAAGACUCCAAAAUUAGAUAUCAUUGUAACCUUACUCUUUGAGACGCUUCCUCUUCCUAAACUUCCCAUGAACGAGGCUUUAAAAAAACAGCUUCUACAUCACCAUAGAAACUACGAAGCCAUUUCAGCAGUAUCUCCGAAGCUUGCUGACGAGCUGCGACAGUUUGGGGGUGGUGUUAAGGUUCUCUGUGACAUUUGUAAGGAUCCAAUCACAUCACAGAAAGUCGUCAACACAAAGUCGUCAAACUCACCCAACUCCUCACCUUGCAAGCUUAUUAAUUGGAAUCAAAGAAUUCAAUGGAAUCAAUGUAGUACCAACAAAAUCAAAACGAUACACAAUAACUAA